CCGCAGAGCCUCUUAGCUCUCGUUCGCCGCCGAAUCGCCGCCGUCCAUCUCCACAAGAUUAUCGAUGAUGAUGCUGUCGAAGUAUUUCCGGCGAACAUUGUUUUCUGCAGCCAAAUCUGAAGGUUCUGGUGCUGCUUCUAUGGCUAGUACGACGGCCCAUAACCCACUUCAUGAUCUGUUUGAAAAAGAUAGGAAGCCUGAUGAUGAAAAGCCUGUAUAUGGUCGAAGUUGGAAGGCACCUGAACUGCGUUUGAAGUCUUGGGAUGAUCUCAAUAAGCUAUGGUUUGUUCUGCUUAAAGAGAGAAACAUGCUGAUGACUCAACGUCAGAUGCUUCACGCACAAAAUCUUCGUUUUCCUAAUCCUGAGCGCCUUCCCAAAGUGCGGAAGUCAAUGUGUCGUAUCAAGCACGUACUCACUGAGAGAGCAAUUGAUGAACCUGAUUCCAGGAGGUCUGCUGAGAUGAAGAGGAUGAUAAAUGCGUUGUGAUAGCCUCUACACCCAGGCUUAGCAUUUUCUUCUCGCAUGUAGGACUUGUGGUGAUCCAAAUUAAAAGGUGCACACUUGUAAUAUUUGAUAAGUCUCUGGUGGCUUUAUUUUUUUGUUUUGAUGAACUCUUCUUCUGGUGACUUCGUUUCUUUGAGCAAAAUAAUGUAUACAAUUUCUUA